AAUUUGUGAGUGUUGUGCUUGAUUUUUUCCUUGAAAAUGGGAGUGAUUGGUGCACACUGUAUCUGGGACAGCUGGGGGCGCGCAGCAGCAGCAUGAAAAUGUUGCGCGUUCAAGGGAGGAAAAAAAAAAUCUCUCGCUCUGUAGAGCCUGCGCAGUUCAGCUGUUCUCGUCACUCCGAACUUUCGGGAGAACCACAGAAGGAGGGGAGAGAGGGAGAGAACAACGCCAUUUUCCCUGGACCUGUGCAGUCAGACAGGUGUCUUUAGUCCAGACUGGCACGUGGAUCAGCACCAGACAAUCCUUGUGGGCGGAGAAAUUGGACUCUGUACCAGAGUCGUAGUGGGCCAUCACAAGAGGAGGAAGAGGUGAAGGUGUAGCUAUGUCGACCACUUGGCGUGAUGACGAUGAAGAGUUAAGGGUGGGAGGAGUAAAAGGCGGUUUGAGAGCCAAACCGAGGUUCUCCUUUACGGAGGUCAAACUGCUGCUGGAGGCAGUGAAGAGGAACAGAUACAUCAUCCUUAGGAAGUUUAACCAAGGUGUGUCAGCUGAAACCAAGAAACAGACCUGGGCUGAAAUCACAAAUCAGAUCAACGGUCUGGGAGAGAAUCACAGAGAGGUGCGUCAGAUCAUGAAGAAAUGGGCUGACCUCAAAUGUGAUGGAAAGAGACGCAUCGCGGCCCUGAGGGGCCCCAACGGCAGCAACCUGAGGAAGAAGAACCUGGGCCCCGUGGAGAGGAUGGUCCAUAGGAUACUAAUGAUGAGUCCCAGAGGAGAUGGAGACAGUGAUCAGGACAUUGGAGAAGAUGAUGAUUUCUCGAAGCUUUACACUAAAGGCCUAUCCUCGAAUCCUGCUCCCUACUCCUACCUCAGCCUGACGGACAGCUCCCACUCGUUACCUGGAGGAGCCUGCUUAGACCUCUCUCCUCUCUCCUCACCAGAGAAAGAACUUGGUGGAGAUCCUUUCCAUUCCUCCUCUGACUUUGACGUAGACCUGGGUGAUGAUGGAGAACACAACAUGGACUUUGAAGAAAAUGAUGACUCCUUGUUCUCCUCCCAUCCUUCUUCUCUUCCCCCGCCCUCAUCUACCUCCCUGGACCCCCUGCCGGAUGAUGCCUUGCUGAGGAUCAAGCCAGUCCACACUUACUCCCGAAACAACAGCCAGAAUCACAACCACAUCCAGAACCACAACUACUCGAGACCAACACCUGGACCCUCUUCCGCUGUGGCCUCCACCUCCUCCGUUCUCCCUCCAGUAUCUGAUUCAGAUGCUGCCUCAUCCUCCGCUGCACCUCCUUUGUCUCAGUCCCCCACAAAUGCCAAAAUGACUGGCUCCUCCAUCCCUGCUCCCCCUCCUGCAUCCUCCUCCUCUACGCCUGUUGCAGCCAAUAACUCUACCUCUCACCCUGUGCCCUCUUCAUCCUCAUCCUCCGUCCCACCACCUCCUGCUCCUCCUCCUGCUUCCUCUGCUGCUGUAUCCUCCUCCUCUUCUGGUGCUGCUGUAACCACCGCUCCCUCAUCUUCUGUCCCUUCAGCGAGCCUUCAGCAACCACCUCCCUCCUCCUCCUCCUCUUCCUCCUCCUCCUCCUCCUCCUCCUCCUCAGUCCUCCCAUCCAAUCAACCCCCAACCUCAACCUCAAACUCAUCUGACCCUCUGCCGGCUGGAGCGUCCUCCCGCAGGUCCCAGAACCACGUGGCCCAGAUGGCCUCUCAGAGCCUCCAGCAGCAGCGGGCCAGCAGGAUGCUCCUGACCUCGGUGUCUCAGUCUCUGGAGGUGCUGGCUCAGUCUGUCCAGCUGCUGGUGGAGAGCCAGCAGGAGUUUGUGCAGGAGUCUCUGCUGCUGCAGAGAGAGACAGUGGACAUCCUGAGGGAUUUCUCCAACACGGCGCUGACUAUGCUGAGGGACAAAGCCAACAGUGGACAUUUGCCGACACAUCAUCAUCCCCCUUCACACUUCUGAAAAGUGGACAUGAACAAACUAGUAGGUUUUUACAAAAUGAGACAAAAUGGGAAGGAACAAGCCAAGUGCAGGGGAAUUUUGAGUGCUUCAGGUUUAAACUUCUGUCUUAUUAGUUAACAUCGUAAAAGAGAAGGUGAUAUUUGACUUUAACAACCUGAAAAUGGGACAAAUUAUUUGCCCAAAGGCACAAAAACAUGCCGCUUUGAGUCUUGUUUUUCGUUAUGUAUCUGCUGUUGGUUUGUAGCAGGCUCGUGUGUUAUCCGCACUGUAAUUGGCAGUUUAAAGUGGGUUUAAAGUGAGUUGUUUUGAGCUGCUGAAAUCACCCGCUUGCAGUGAGCGGCGAUGGGACUGUGCUCAUGUGUGGAGAAACAAACGCAGAUAAGAUGAUGCAGAGACAAGAGUCCCGCAUUUCAUUUAACAUUCGGCUCACUGAAUGACAGGAAUUGAGCAAAGCAACUGUAACAUGUCAGAAGAAUAUAAAUAGAUACUAAUCUUGCAUUUUAGAUUUUAGAGCCAUACGGUCACCAUUUUAAUGCUUUCAAUGCUGAUAAACUUAAUCUAUACUGGCUCAGCUCAAACUAGCCCCCCAGUCUCACUGUUAUUUCCAACAUGGCAGGUGCUGAGACACAGCAGGAAGAAAAUGAAAAUGAAAAGAACUGUUUAGUUGAGGUUGCUGCUGAAUUUACUGCUGCUGGUGAAAAAGUUUCUUGUGUCAUUUCCAAAGGGUUAAUCUUUUUAAAUUAAGGAAAAAAAUCUUCUCGCUGGUUUGUCUGUGCGAUCUAAUAACCUGCUUCUAAAAGGCCUCCACAGUUUGGUCUGGGAGUGCCUCAGUAACAUGAAUUGGAAACUCUGUUUAAUUGACUGAGAGAAGAGAAUAAACAAUUGUGCAUGA